GUGCUGCCGUUAGCUUUGACGCUCACCGACUUUUGCUACCCGACCCGCUCAACCAUCGCACAGCUUUCGGUGUACAUCGAGGCUCCGCGCUGCAAGAAGAUCUUUUCCUUGGAGAGCAUUUCGCUCUUGCAAGAGACGGCAAGUGCCCUGGAUCAUGAAGUCGACUUGUGCUGGCCGCGGCUGAGGAGGACUUGCUUCCAGCUGAUCGACUUGAUGUCGCCGUUCAUGAAGCGACUGCGGGGACAACGAGACUCCCAUUUGGAUGUUCGUGCUAGGGUGAUCACGGCCGUUUUGCACCUUCUGCUGGUUCUGGCGGAGCCACACCUGCGGGCGCAAAGCCAGGAUGCGAUCACAUCCAUCCUCAAGCACGUCGACCGCAUCGUUUUGAGAACUCAGGACAUUUCCAAAGUGGUACCCUCGAUGAAGUACUUCAUUGAUCUGCUGGAGUACUACGUUGGCCUCGACAACACUGUUGACUUUGAAGAGGAGAAGGCAUGGCUUGUCCAGCUCAUGGGACACUGUUGUUCCGACGACGAGCACCUGUGUGCAGACCUUCUCAAGUACAAGGAGGGUUCCAUAUUGAUAUCGUUGUCGCGCAUGUUGAUGGAUGACAGCAAGACUGCUUGGAAAGAAGUCGUUGCGCUGCGACAACGACCGGAUCACGAUCCCAGACAGGUCCAUCCAAUUCUCAUGAUGCAGCGUGGAGCCUUGUUCGCACUCUCCUGCCUCAUGCAACCGCAGCACGUUGCUGACCUCGUCAUGCGUGCAAUUGAUUGCAAGCUGGAGCGCAGAGUCAUUGCCACUCUUGACAGGGAAACUGUUGAGGAAUAUUUUGCUGGACAGGAAGCACGAAAGACCUACACACUUUCGUUCGUUCUCGUCAUGCGUUCGGGUCAGUGCAGAAACUCCAAAGUACCUGACUUUCAGCCAAUUGUUCUGGGUGGGAACACGAACUUGCCAAGCAUUUACGUCAACUUGCUGGACUUCAGGCUUUGGAUUCAAAUUUGCACAGUGUCAGGAAAGUACGAGACGUUCGUAUGUCAGAAAAGCCUAGAGGAGCUACCUCAAGGGCAGAUUGUUGUGACCAUCGUGGUGAACGGCUCAUCGAUUCAGGCAUAUCUCAACGAGCAGGCUCAGCUUCCGGUCUCGAGGAAGCUUGGCGAUGACCCCAAGAUCCUGCAGGAUGGACAGAUCUUGAGCGGGAAGGUUCAGCAACUGGUGCCCAAGCCUGGGCAGCCAGUCUUCGACGGAGUUCUCACGCUCUUGAGAGCCAGCCAACACCCAGCAGCUCCGCAUGAGGUGGAAAGCUCCAUUAAGGCAUCGCAGAAGGAGGCUAAGCAGAUUCUGACUCGGCGAAAGGAGCGCCUAAACGACCAGGGUUUCCCGGACUCCGUGUACAACGUCACAGAGGUUGCCUCGGCACUGCUGCAGUACAUCCGGCUUCAAUUCCAUGAUGAUCCCGAAACUCGCAGGGAAAAGCGGCGCAUUGGCGAGCUGGACCUCAUCGACCCCACCACGACGAUGUGGAUGAUCUCGAACAGCGGCGUGUGUUCCCAGCUGCUUCCACAAUCCCACCCGCGCUAUGUGGGACUCUUGAAGACCCCCUUGCAGAGAGCCAUAUUCCUGGCAGCUUUGGUUGCAGACAACUUCGAGAAGACAGAGGCACAUGAUGUCCAGCUUGGAUUUCCACCGGAAUUUGGGCCUCAUGAUAGGUCACGGCCAAAGCCUCCAGAUCACUCUGUGUUAGUGGCGGUCGCCGCUUUUCUCAGCCAGCUGCUUCAGUCCCCGCGAGGACGGAUGGUCAUGGCAGAGGACUCAUCUGCAAUGUUGGUGGUUCGACUCAUUCCAAUGUGUGGAGUGCGACUGGACCUCUCUGGCUAUGUGCAGAAGUCGUUUCGGAACCUGACUUCUAAGAUGUGUGCCCUGAUGUUACAAGCCAAGCAGGAUGCCCCGACAACAUCUUUGGUCUUAGAUGCACUCUUCAAGAAAUCAAUGAGCGACGAGGGCCUUAUCUACAAAGAAGACUUGCAGAACCUGUUGCUGUCACAGGCCUUGACUGCGCUCAGAGACAUCAUGCACGCGUGCAUAUCGACCAGGACUCAUCGGCAAUCCCAAAUCCACCAGCUGCACCUGGACAUCCAAAUGCAAAUUGACUUGAUCCGUACGCAAGAACAAAUGCAGGGCCACGACGAGGCAAUCCUCGCUCCACACAAGCAGCAAGUGGAAAGGCUCAACGCAGACCUGUCAAAAUUGCAAAGCGAAGUUCAGGACCAAGAGAAUUUGUUCAUACACUGUCAGAAGCUUCAGCGCCAGUUCUUCCUACAGCUCCAUCAUAUAAUGGAUGAAAUCAUCCACGGCCUGCCCUUGCGUCCGCUUGAUCUGUGCUUGCUCACCCAAAUGGUCAACACUGCUUUAGAAACACCCUACGUCGGCUUUCACCGUGGAAGUGAUCUCCACGCACAGAAGAUGCUCGAAACAGAGCUUGCAGAAGGCAUGCCAUGGGAAGUGUGGUUGAAGUUCGAGUUUCCUGGAGCGUCUCAUCUUCAGGCCAGUGUGUCGAAGCAGUUCCCGUUUAGAUCGAGGAUGCGUGGUCCCAGCAGCAAAGUCCUUCUGAACGUUAUGGAAGAAGCCAACCUCCGGGAUGAAAGAAGCAUCUUGUCGCCCAAGUUGCGCAAUGGCUCUUCGUCUGGCGGGGAUCAUGUUUUUGUCCACGUUGUUGGCUCCGAGGAGAAGUUGCAGGCAGAUGUUGAAGUCCGAAUUCUUCCCGAGUUCGAUCCGCCGCUACGCCUGCCUCAAGAGCAUGUAUCCUUUGAAGGGCGCAUCAUCGAGUUCGCAAGCGCUGUCCUGAAGAAGGACGACUUACCCGCAGAUGCAUAUGCCAAUGUGUGUCUUCUCCUGGCCUCGCAGCGCAACGACAUGCGAGCAAAUUCUUGCAUUCCUCACCUGGCCUCAAUUUUGAUGACCUGUUGCAGGGAACUUUGGGUCGGUCGGCUCGUCUGCGCCGAGCUUUUGCAAGGUGUCCUUUAUCCAGAGAAACACCUGUCGCCGAUACUGUACUUGGCCGGCACCGCAGCAAGUACACCUCUGGACACACGGCUCUACGUGCUUCAGGUCUGCAGCCAGGUGAUUCAUCCUGCUAUGACGCCGGAGGAAGGCUUCCUGCAAUUUCUGGACAAUGUAUAUCGUCACCGCAUUGAGUUGCCACGUCCGGCGGAUGAUGAGUUGCCACGUCCAUCUUUUGGCGAAGAGCACAAGAAAGCCUGUUCGGUGACCUGCUUGAUGUCCGCAUUGCACAAGCAGCUCCCCCGAGUCUUCCAGGUUGCUUUGUUCAACCUGGCAGAGGCGAUCCUUGCGCGAGAUGCGGGGGAGUGCUCGGAUCUGAUCAAUGAGAACCAGUGGGCUGAUGGAGCUGUAGUAUUCCAGGAGCUCAAUCCUGGAAAGUUUGCCUUCUGGCGAGAGCUCCACUGGUUUCUCAUGUUCGGCCAUCCUGAGGUCCAGGAUGCAGCGGUGCGAGUCCUUCUCAUAUUGUUUUGGCAGCAGAGCGUGCAGCUCGUCACUCUGAUUUGUAGGACAGAUGACUCAGGAGAUAGCCAGCUUUCAGGGAAUUAUUGGUUGCUUGUUCCGCUGCUGAGACUCCUGGGUCAUAACAACGAUGAAGUCGUCGCCGAUUUGCUGAAACUCUUUGCUCCUCUGGCCCGCAGCUACAGUUCCGGCGACCACGAAGAAGAGGACAUUCAUGACCUGGAUGAGGCGAACGAAGACAGACUCAUCCGACUUGCCAGGUCGGUUGUUUCCGAAGCAAGUCGCUCGGAGAUCCUCAAGGAGGCCAUGGUUCAAGUGAGCCCAAGAUUCAUCGUGAGAGCGAUGGAUUGGCCCUGCGACGUACGAGAUUUCGUUCUGGACGUUGUGCUAACGCGCUCGGUCAUGCAGGAGUUGACCGUAUCCCCGGAGCUUGCGAGCGAAUUCUGGGAUGUCAUGAUUCACCUUCUGAGGGAAUGCGGACUCGCAGGGCAGUCUUGGGUAUCAACGACGCUCAAGGAAUUGGCACGCAUUUCUGAGCGAGUGGUCUCGCAGUCGAGUGGUGAGGAUCUCCGAAUGGUGCGGAGCGUUUGCUCGCCCAAGGUCAUUGCCCCAUUGGUCUCGCACAUCGCGGCAGGCACCGUGCUGUCGGACUCUGAUGUUGCCAAAGAGAUGUCCCACGCCCUGGCCGAAGUGCCUGACUCGCUGCUGUCCUUGCUGAUCCUGCUUCCGGAGAAAGAGCACCGAUCUCAGUUGCAAGCACAGGGCUGCGUACGCUGA